AUGUCGAGCUUUACAACGGAGGCUUUGACUGCUCUCGAGCUCCAAGCCGAUCCACUCGCUCUCAAAGGUCCCCUACUCCCAUUCUUGCUCCCCAAAGCCACGAUCCCAUCGGCGCAGCUCCCCACACGGCGUCGACCAUGGCAAUCUCCGUUCGGCAAGGACAAACAUCCGGAAUGGGUCCUCGAUUUUUUCAUUGUUCCCGCGGCGUUUCCUAGGUCCGUUAAAGGGAGCACACAAAAAACCACGACCACAGCUUUGGAUGUAGGACCGGCUCGGUUAGUACCCGCUCGGCCCGACACCAGCACUCUCGACUCGGCUUCAGCCCCCGCGGCCGCCUCAAGAAAGUCUCCACGGAUCGAUCCACAAAAAGCCGUACACGACCUCCUACAAGCACAGCUACACGGACUGAGAAAUCCGACUCAAUUGAGUGACAAAGCAGAGUUGCAGGAACAAGAACAGAUGUUUCUUGCCCCCAAUCGAUUUCGCAAAUCGACUUCUCCGAGGUGGAGCACGUCGGCGCAGAAUCGUACCGAAGCGAAGGGAAGCGAGCCGUGCUUGACGCUGGUUAUGGCACAUGCGAAUGGGUUCCAUAAAGGUGAGAGGAGAGCUGCGGCUUUGAUUUGGCGUUGACGAAGGCUGACCGAACCGAAUAUGGCUCGUGGUAUUCGCAGAAACGUUCGAGCCGAUGAUUUCGGACCUGCUCGACCGAAUGGGGUCUGAAAUACGGGAGGUGGAAGAGAUCUGGACCAUCGAUACCUUUAGUCAAGGAGAUAGUGCACUCAUGAACGACGAAGUUAUAGGAAGGGCUUGUAAGCGAAAUGCUCCACGUGAAUUUUCCGAGCCUGAAAAGUUCUGACCUCAGGCUUCUGCUACAGUCAAUUGGGCCGAUCACGCCCGAGACAUUCUCAACUUUGUUAUCUCCUACCUUCCCGACCCGUCGUCUCCGGAUCCAACACGCUCAUGUCUACCCUACCUGCCCCCGACUCACCCCACCGCGCUUGACCUUGACCUUAAGCCCCUUUUGCCCGGGAUGUCAACGCCUUCAAACCGAGUGCAUCGCAAUCGCCUUGUCAUCGGCCUCGGGCACAGUAUCAGUGGAGGAGCGAUGGUGACCGCUGCAAGUGCCCAACCGAACCUCUUCUCUGCACUCCUCCUCGUCGAUCCAGGGGCUGCUCCACCUUAUCAACUCAACCGUGACCAGCCGAGUACCAUGCAGGAUUGGUCGAUCGGAGCCUUCGUUCGGAAAGAGCGGUGGGCAUCGAGGGCCAAAGCUCGGGAGAGUCUGAAGAGAAAGAUGGUGUUUCAAAGGUGGGACGAGAGAUGCCUCGACAAGUACGUCGAGUUUGGAACGAUCGAAUUGCCCGAUGGUGCAGGGGUGAGGCUGAAGACUCGGCCUAAGAAUGAAGCGGUGAGCCUGUCAAUCCUAGACGGAUCCUGUGCUGUCUUCAUUGAAUCAUUCAUUCUGGUUCGCUUCCAGUUGGCCUAUGGUGAUCCUUGCGGUGUCAGUUCACGAAGGUGCGGUGGCCGUUUACCCCUCAUUCCCACCAUACUCCCCGUCCAUUUUAUAUGGCCCGAAGAAGGAUGCUCCGUUCUGGACGAAGAGUCGAUCGCCGACACGAUGCGUGCGAUUCCGCAUGCCACGUUCGCGAGAGCCGAAGAAGGGGCGCAUCUGUUGGUGCAAGAGAAUCCGGCAAGUACUGCGGAAGAGGUGGCCAAGUUCUUGAUGAAGACUUAUCCGACAAUCUCCAAAGGCAAGGAGGGGCGGCUUAGCGGUGAAGCUAGGCUGUGA